AGGGGCGAUCCCUGCAUAUUCCGUUGUUGGUGGUUGCUCCAGACUGCAGAUGCAGUAGUGCCAGUACUACUAUUCUACUGAUAAUUCUGAUGCACGAGUCCCAACAAGGGCGGACGUAAGAGCAGCUGUGCCUCAUUAAAAGUUAUAAACAGGGAAAGGCAAGGCGGGUAAGACAAAGAAAUAUUUCGUAGUCAAAUCAUCGCACCAAAACUCAGCUGUGGUGUUCCCAAAACUAUUUCCCCCCCGUCAUGAACAGCUCUGCCUUCCUUCCGCUAGCUUUCCUAACCAACCCUUUUGCCAGCUUGGCCUCAGCCUUAGGCCUCAAUGGCAUCUCCAAUCCUAUUAGCGGCCCAUCCGCCGGGGGUGGCUCAAACUGCAUUUCUGGCACCGUCGCGCUGUCUAUCAAUACACCCGGUGUCAAGAUUUCUUACCAGGCACCUCAAGACCAGAAGGCCGUAACGGGAGCAUUCGUCGAGAUGUUCCAGGUGGGCUCAUCCUUCGCCGCCGACAUCAUCUCCGGGCCCAGCACCAUCUCUGGCACUUACAAGAUCUUCGUCAAGUUGUGCCUACCUACCGACCCUGAUGUCUUAGCCAAUGUCAAGACAGUGCAGCUGUUGUCUCACGGAGCUACUCUCGACCACACCUACUGGGAUAUUGCCCCGGGCUACAGCUACGUCGACGUUGCCUCGGCAGCAGGCUACGCCACGCUCUCCUACGACCAGCUGGGCGUCGGCAGGUCAGACCACCCGGAUCCCAUCCAGGUCGUGCAGGCCACCUCCCAGGUCGCCGUCACGCACGCGCUGGCCGGGCUGCUCCGGAGCUCGAAGCUGGGCGGGUACAAGUUCGACAAGGUCGUGGGCGUGGGGCACAGCGCGGGCAGCACGCUGACGCAGGCCAUCACGACGCAGUACCCGAAGGACUUCGACGCCGUGAUCCUGUCGGGGACGACGGCGAGCGCGGACACGGUGGCGCUGACGGUGGCGGCGUUCAACCUCAUCAACGCGAACACGGACCCGUCGAACCAGUUCCGGAGCCUAGCCCCGGGGUACCUGACGCAGCAGACGUCGGUCGGCAUCCAGUUCGCGUUCUACCGGUUCCCGAACUUCGACGACGACGUGUUCCGCCGGCAGGUCGCGCACAAGUCGACGAACACGCUGGGCGUCCUCCUCACGCUCGGCAGCAUCGUCGCGCCCUCGCCCGAGUUCACGGGGCCCGUCGACCUCGUCAACGGCGAGCACGACCUCGUCUUCUGCGGCGGCAACUGCGUCGAGCCCGUCGACCAGAACCAGGCCGCCCUGUCCCUGUUCUACUCGGCCGCGGGCAAAGGCAGCCAGUCGUAUAUCGCUGCGGGGGCCGGCCAUUCGAUCGCCGCCCACAAGAGCGGCCCGGAUAGCUUCAAGCACAUGGUUAAGUUCUUGCAGGACAACGGCUUGUGAGUGUUAGGUAUAUCUCAGCGAGCUCAUAUCACUUUUUUCACGUUCUCUUCUUGUACCUAAUUUUUCUUGCCACGGCUUUUUUCGGAAGGGAAAAGGCUGGUUUUUUUUUUUUAAAAAAAAAAGCCAAAAAAAAACCUCAAGGUUUAGGAUAUCUGCCUAACCUAGAAAGACAAACAAAAUAAUAUAUUAGAAAAGCUGGGAAGUUAUUAAGCUAGCACAAAGUAAUGAAAUAGAGUAUUUUCAACCGAAUCUUCUUGCGCUU